CGGAACCAUUCAAUAAGAUAAGAAACACAACAAAGUGCGAUAAAUUUCGCGCAGUCGCGUGCUGUGAGCAACGAGAGGCCGACUACAAUCAGCUGUGAGCAACAACCGGGGUUCUAAAAAUGUUCGCUCUCAUUCCCCGGUCCCUAGUUACUAAUGUGUCGUCACGAUCAUCGCUUAGUUUGUCAGGACAGAAAGCGACCAUCCAAGAAGCUGUAAAAUGGCUAAAAAGCAAAGACUACCACACUGUCUCAGGCGAUACCAUAACACCAUCAAAAGUGAUGGGUAUCGACCAUCUCCGCGACCCUCGUCUCAACAAGGGCUUGGCUUUCACUUUGGAAGAACGUCAAGCUUUGGGUAUUCAUGGUCUUCAACCUGCACGAUUUAAAACCCAAGAAGAACAAUUGGAAUUAUGUCGAAUUUCAGUGAUGCGAUAUCAGGAGAAUCUCAACAAAUAUCUGUAUAUGACUGAAUUGCAUGAUCGUAAUGAAAAAUUGUUUUUCCGUUUGUUAUCCGAAAAUAUUGAAAUGUUGAUGCCGAUUGUUUACACACCGACUGUUGGGUUAGCUUGUCAAAGAUUUGGGUUGAUUUAUCGAAGACCUAGAGGACUCUUCAUCACUAUUAAUGACAGAGGACAUGUCUACGACGUUCUGAAAAAUUGGCCAGAAUCAGACGUCAAAGCGAUCGUCGUGACCGACGGUGAGCGUAUUUUGGGUUUGGGCGAUUUGGGGGCGUGUGGUAUGGGCAUUCCCGUGGGAAAAUUGGCCCUAUACACCGCCCUAGCCGGCAUCAAGCCCCAUCAAUGUCUUCCAAUCGUCCUCGAUGUUGGAACCAACAACCAAACUCUUUUGGAAGACCCUCUCUAUGUAGGUCUACGCCAACCUAGACUCUCCGGUCCUGAAUACGACUCCUUCGUCGAUGAGUUCAUGGAAGCGGCUGUGACACGUUAUGGUCAAAACGUCCUAAUCCAAUUCGAAGAUUUUGGCAAUCACAAUGCUUUCCGUUAUUUGGACAAAUAUCGUGGUGUUUAUUGCACCUUCAACGACGACAUUCAGGGUACUGCAGGUGUUGCCGUUUCCGGUCUUUUGGCAUCUGCAAGAGUCACUGGAAAGAAAAUCUCCGAAAAUAAAUUUCUGUUUUUGGGAGCUGGUGAAGCAGCGAUCGGUAUUGCAGAUUUGUGUGUGAAAGCAAUGCAAGUGGAAGGAUUGUCAUUGGAAGAUGCUAGAGGGAAAAUCUGGAUGAUGGAUAUUGAUGGUUUAUUGGCUAAAGGACGACCGGAAGGAAAACUGGAUGGUCACAAAGCCUACUAUGCUAAAGAACAUAAACCAGUCAAGGAUUUGGCUUCCGUCGUGAAUGAAGUCAAACCGUCGGUGUUAAUUGGGGCUUCAGCCGCUAGUGGUGCUUUCACGCCUGAAAUUUUGAAAAGUAUGGCGUCGUUUAAUGAUAAACCGAUCAUUUUUGCAUUGAGUAAUCCGACGGAUAGGGCGGAGUGCACGGCAGAGCAGGCCUACACCAACACUGAUGGUCGCUGCAUCUUCUCAAGUGGUUCUCCCUUCCCUCCAGUCACCUACAAAGGCACCACUUUUUAUCCCGGGCAAGGCAACAACGCCUACAUUUUCCCAGGCGUUGCUUUGGGAGUAAUCCUAGCCAGGAUUCACCACAUUAAAGAAGAAUUGUUCUUGUUGGCGGCUCAAGCAGUCGCUGAUCACGUCAGCGACUCCGAUAUACAAAAGGGUAGUUUAUAUCCACCCCUUAGUAGCAUUAGAGAAUGUUCUGUUGAUAUUGCUACGAGAAUUUUGAAUUAUUCCUACGAAAAAGGAAUUGCAACCGUUUAUCCGGAACCAAAGGAUAAAAAGGCAUAUGUGAUGCAACAUCAGUAUAAUUAUAAUUACGAAUCAGCGUUGCCUCCGACAUGGUCGUGGCCUAAUCAACAGGAAAUUAAAACAAGGCCCAUCGAACCAACAAAAUUGAUGGCUUAGAAUUAGAAAAGACAUCCAUUUCUUAGAUAAUACUUUUCCAUUGGUAUUUUUAAAUUGGACGUAUUUUAACAUAAUUUAUUGUUGAAUGUUACAACCUAAGCAAAGUUUUGAUCACCAUGUUUGAGUGGGCGCUACUAAAUAGUGCCAUUUUGUACUUAAUUUUAUUUAGUAUUCAUUUAAUCACAACAGCUUUUUUGUAUUUGCUGAUCUACGAGCAAUAUUGUACGUUUUAAACAGUAUUUCUUUCUGGUCAUUAAAAUGUAGAACGCUAGGGAUAUAAGACCACCUGUAAUAAAAAGAAAAUAAAUGUUAUUGUACUGUUA